GGGACCCCUAAGCUAAGGGAUGCCAUCUACUGUAAGAGGUUUUAAUAUCUACUGGGACAUAGUUACCAUUUCAUAUUUCUUCAUCACUGUGUAUUUUCAACUUUUAGGGGUUGAGCCUGGCUCUGUGGUAAUAACAGAUGUGGCAGUGGAUUCCUUUUUCAAGCCCCAGUUUGAGCAAGUGAUCUUAGACCGUGUGGUGACACGAAGCACAGAGCUUGACCAAGACUUGGCUUCUGAGUUACUUGAAUGCAGCAGAGGGAUUAAGGACUUCCCAGCACUAAUGGGCCAUACAAUGUGCACGUAUGAUUUUUAUGAGGGCCAAGGACGGUUAGAUGGAGCAUUGUGCUGCUUCUCGAAUGAAAAAAAGCUAGAGUAUUUAAAAAGAGCAUACGAUGCCGGCGUGAGAAACAUAGAAAUGGAAUCCACAGUUUUUGCUGCGAUGUGCAAGCUUUGUGACCUGAAAGCUGCAGUAGUCUGUGUGACUCUCCUUAAUCGACUUGAAGGGGAUCAGAUCAGAGCCUCUCAUGAAGUUCUAGCUGAGUAUCAGCGACGACCUCAGCAACUGAUUGCAACAUUGAUCAAAAAACACCUUGGGCUGAUUAAUGACAAGGAAUUAUUAGACAAUGCAGUAGUCUAAAAUAUUGCAGAAUCAAUGAGCCUGGAACAGCAUAAUAUUCAUGGAUGCGAAUUACGAAUGGUAGGUACAUUGACACUGUUGGGUUUUUGUAUGAAGCACAAGAACAGGAAAAGAGUGAAUUGAAAAACAAUUUCACCGAUACUUUGAAUUUAGGAGGAGGAAAAACUAAUUUUAAAUCCGAAUAUAUAAUUUUUUACCUACAAGAACAUAUUGGAUUAUUCUUGUUGCCUUCAGAAGAAUUUUCUGCGUUAUUAACGAUGGUAGCUAGAAUGAAUAUUAGUUAAGUAGCAGCUGAAGGCAAAGAAAGGAAUGAAACCACUAAGUGUUUGAAAGGUGUGGUUUAAAGCCCAGCAUGUUCUGUACGAGUGGUCUUCACUGGGGAAGAUCAGUCUGGAACAUUUCAAAUAGCUAUCUAUAGGCUAUUUCAACUUGGCUACCCUAAUAUUGAUUUGGAUCGAAAUUAUUUUUUUUUAAUUUUUUUUUGGUAAAAAGUUUUAUUUUCAUUUUCCAACAACCUAUUCAAUAUACAGUCUCUUAUUCAACAUUAAUCAUUAACUUUCAUUUGUUACUUAUUCGGACCUGCCCAGCUACCACUUCCUUCCUUAACAAACCUUUCCUCCUCCCUUCUCUACUUUCUUCUACUUUCUUCAUCCUUCCUCUCCUUCGCUUUUCUACGUCCUCUCCUCUUUCCCUACUCUUCUCUUCCACCCUUUCUAACCCUCUCUCUUUCCCCUUUCUUCUUCCUCUCCUUUCCCCUUUUUCUACCUCUCUCUUUCCUACCUACUUUCUUCCUUCACUCCCUCCUCUCCCUCUCCAUUCCCUUCUGAAAUGGCAGCUGAGCAGCCCCGCUUUCAUUUCAAAUUAUUUCUAUUUCUUAAUUACAUAUCUUCAAUCAUUCCUUUACA